GCCCGCCGCCUCAGCCUGCGGUGAGGGGCGGCGGGGGAGCGGCGCCACCGCCCCGGCCCGGCACGGGCAAGUGGGGAUCGCACCGUAACGGGGAGGAGCCCGUUCCGGGGCGGGGGAAACGGGAAGGACGGUGUCCGGACGGACGGACGGCGCGGGGGGGGGACACUUUGGGAGGAUCUCAUCUGUGAGAGCUGCCUGAGAGACAUCUCCAGGGAGAGAACACCCUUUCUGGACAUCCUGCCCAGGACAAGGCUUACACUACGGACUUUUAAGCAAGACAGGCUUUGCACACAGGAGCAAGAACAGCACCAAGGGGGAGGAAUGGAGCGUCUGGCCUCCUUCAGUAAUGACCCUUUUGAUAAGCCUCCAUGCCGAGGUUGCUCUUCGUACCUCACGGAGCCCUACGUUAAGUGUGCUGAGUGUGGGCCUCCUCCCUUCCUCCUGUGCUUGCAGUGUUUCACAAGAGGAUUUGAAUACAAGAAACAUCAAAGUGAUCAUACUUAUGAGAUAAUGACUUCUGAUUUCCCUGUCUUGGAUCCUAACUGGACAGCUCAAGAGGAAAUGGCUCUCCUAGAAGCUGUGAUGGACUGUGGAUUUGGAAACUGGCAGGACGUAGCCAACCAGAUGUGUACAAAAUCCAAGGAGGAGUGUGAGAAGCAUUACAUGAAACACUUUAUCAACAAUCCCUUGUUUGCGUCUACGCUGCUGAACCUGAAGCAGGCGGAGGAGGUGCAGCACCACGAAACAGCCAUUCCUUUCCACCCUGCUGAUGAUCCCCCACGGCCUACUUUUGAUUCCUUGCUCUCCAGGGACAUGGCUGGGUACAUGCCAGCCAGAGCUGACUUUGUCGAGGAGUUUGACAACUAUGCUGAAUGGGAUUUGAGAGAUAUUGAUUUUGUAGAAGAUGAUUCAGACAUUUUGCAUGCUCUAAAGAUUGCAGUUGUAGAUAUCUACCACUCCAGGUUAAAGGAAAGACAAAGAAGAAAAAAAAUUAUAAGAGAUCAUGGCCUAAUCAACCUCAGAAAAUUUCAGAUUUUGGAGAGGCGAUACCCAAAGGAGGUUCAGGACCUGUACGAAGCCAUGAGACGAUUUGCGCGGAUCCUUGGACCACUAGAGCAUGAUAAGUUCAUUGAAAGCCAUGCACUGGAAUUUGAGCUGCGAAGGGAAAUAAAGCGACUCCAGGAAUACAGAGCAGCAGGAAUCACCAGCUUCUGUAGUGCCAGGACAUAUGAUCACCUGAAGAAGAGCCGGGAUGAGGAGCGGCUGAAGCGCACCAUGCUGUCUGAGGUGCUGCAGUACAUCCAGGACAGCAGUGCCUGCCAGCAGUGGCUCAGCAGACAAGCUGACAUUGAUUCCGGCCUGACUCCCACGGUACCAGUUCCUUCAAAUUCAGGCAGACGCAGUGCCCCUCCACUGAACCUCACGGGUCUCCCAGGGACAGAGAAACUCAACGAGAAGGAGAAGGAGCUCUGUCAGAUGGUGAGGUUGGUCCCUGGAGCCUAUUUAGAAUAUAAAGCUGCUUUAGUGAACGAGUGUAACAAACAAGGAGGCCUGAGACUUGCUCAGGCUAGAGCACUCAUCAAGAUCGAUGUGAACAAAACCAGGAAAAUCUAUGACUUCCUUAUCAGAGAAGGGUACAUCACAAAAGCCUGAGGACAGACAUCAGCAUUUUGGCUGGAGCAGACAGAUGUGGACAAGCUUUGAAGUCACUUUGACAGUGCUGAAAGAUUUUAACAGUGUUGAAUGAAGGACAUUUCCUUUUGUUUAAAAUCUUCUGGGGCUUUUUUUUUUUGUAAAAACAAGUAGGAAGCUUUGUUAAAUUGUAUGAAUACUGACAUUUCUUUGUCUAGUUUCCUUUUGACUCUCCUGUUGUCAGAAUUACACUGCCACAUAGAGCUGGAAAGAAUCAUUUGCCAAAUAAGCUCAUCUUAAAUGUGAAUGGGCCUUCAUCUCUUAACACCUCUUGUAACUAGAAAGAGAAUCACGGCACUUUUAUUCUGACAGUGACACAGAAUAAGGACAGAAGAGGACAACAUAAUGAGGGUCACACUUUGACUUUGUAGGGUAUAAAAACGCAGUCCCCUCCCUUCUUGUACUCCUGAAACAGUGUCAGCUUUCAAAGGAGAUGGCACAUGCCCGAGGGUAUGAAAAUAGAGCUUGCAGUGGUCCAGUCCUUUUAAAUGAAUUGUGAUAAAGGAUGGGAAAGACAUUGCAGGAAAGCUCCUCAACAGUUGGUACUUUCCUGCGAUAUUAGCACGUAUCACAGCAUGAGAGCACUGUGCAAACCAAUAAGCUUCAUCUCCUCAUUUGAUUUGUGAUUGUCCAAGUUAUAUAUAAUCCCUCUGUGUAAGUCUCGGUUGCUCCGGUGUGUUGGAAAGGCUGGAUGUUACAGCCAGAGCGCCUUUUCAAAACAUCAAUAAGAAGAUGCUCAGUACCACGAUGUUUUCUCACAAAAGAUAACAAGCAGAGAGCACAACAGACUGCCCAGAGCAUCCAGCCCCACCCUUCCUGCCCUUCUGUUCCUGGGGCUUCAUUCUCUCAGUUCACCGUACUGGUAUCAACAGACCCAGUUGACCAACACAGCAAUGAUGAGGUGCAACAAGUUACUACACACACAUCCCACCCUGUCACAUCAGAAAACCCAUUGUACGACUUCCAUACAAAACGUGUAUUUUAAAACACAAUUAGAUUAUGAAGAUGGUUCUUUCAGACACAGUUUGGCAUGGUUAACUAGGCAAUAAAGUCUUUAUCAAACAGCUUCCAUUGCUAACACAGAACACCAAACAUCCCAUAAGUAACCUAAAGCCAAAGCAGGUGACAUGUUGGGUGCUCUCAAGUUUGGAAUCUCACAUGGAAAAGCUUAACUGAGCUACAACUAUACUGAUGCCUAUUUAAAGUGUUUAGAUUUGGUGGCAUUUUCCCCCAAAGAGUAAUUAUCCUGUGUACCUGAGGUGUCAUUGAAUGUGAAGCAUUUUGGUUUGUAAUAAAAUCAAAAUUACUUGAAACAAUCUUAAA